UUUAUUUCUGCAGUUAAAAUUUGUUAAAAAUAAAUCCUUCAAUUUGAAAGAAAAUGAAAUAAUGCAUUUGGAUUAGUAGGGGUUUGGUUAUUCAGUGAAUUAGAGUUGUAUAUUUACUUCGUCGUUCAGUAUUCUCACAUUCUCAAGUACUAAACUUAGGCAAAAUUGAAGGACUUUGUAUUAAGAAUUAAUAUCAGAGGUCGUAGGAGUUACUGAUCUUGAGUGGUUGGAGCUGUGCAUCUGAUCAAAUGGGAAGUAAUGCUUUUGAUUGUCCAUUGAGGAAUUCAGAAGAGGAAUUGUGUCGCAGUGGCCAGGAACUGAACAAGAGGUUUGAGCAGACUGGUAGUGUUGACAUUUCAGCAAUGGUAGAUUCAGAUGAACAAUUUGAAGCAGGUCCUCUUCAAGAAACACAAAAGCGGGAGACAAUUUCGGGAAAUAAAGCAGGUGAUCUUCAAGGAAAACAAAAACAAGAAACGAAUUCAGGACUCCAGCCAUCAGUUCAAGAUAUCUUUGAAUCGAAAAAGUUGAAUGCUACUUCUUUCCCUCAACAAGGCUUGGGUCGCUGCACUCCUGUGGGUUCUCAUAGACAUCCGCCAAUUGAUGACGAUGACAAUGCUACUAUCUAUAGAUCCAUAACAGAGAAGAAGACCCCAAGACAUGAGCUAAAAUUAGAUAAACUAUCUGAGCAUGAAAAGAAAAAACUUAUUUCUGGGUUGGUAAAGAUCCAAAAUGAUGGAACAGUGGAUGUUGAUCUAGCCAAAACUGCUCCCAACUCAGUUGAAGGGGGGACAUCUUUCUAUCUUAAUGAUACCUCUCUUGAAUCUUCCAAUAAAUUAAUUCCAAGGUUGAAAAUUGCAAUUCUUGUGGCUGGAACUAGAGGAGAUGUACAGCCAUUUCUAGCUAUAGCCAAGAGACUUCAGGAAUUUGGUCAUCAUGUUAGGUUGGCAACUCAUGCUAACUUCAAAAGCUUUGUUAGGUCAGCUGGUGUAGAAUUUUAUCCCUUAGGUGGUGAUCCUCGGAUUUUGGCAGGAUAUAUGAUAAAAAAUAAAGGUUUCAUCCCAUCUACACCAGGAGAUAUUGCCUUACCAUUGAAGCAGAUAAAAGCUGUUAUUGAGUCUUUUCUUCCUGCGUGCACAGAGCCAGAUAUGGAAACUGGUGUGCCUUUUAGAGCCCAAGCAAUUAUUGCAAACCCACCUGCUUAUGGACAUGUACAUGUUGCUGAAGCUCUUGGUGUACCAAUUCACAUUUUCUCCACAAUGCCUUCGACGCCAACAUAUGAACUUCCUAACCCCUAUGCACGUGUUCCUCAAGCUGGUUAUUGGCUUUCAUAUAUAGUUGUGGAUUUGCUCAUAUGGUGGGCAACAAAAGGAUAUAUAAAUGACCUAAGGAAAAGAAAGUUGAAGCUUCCGCCAAUUUCAUACUUCAGUAUAUACAAUGGAUCAAUAUAUCAUUUACCUACAGUUUAUAUGUGGAGUCCUCACCUUGUGCCAAAGCCAAGAGAUUGGGGUCCUUUGGUUGAUGUUGUUGGUUAUUGUUUCUUAAACCUUGGGUCAAAGUACAAGCCUAGAGAAGAAUUUAACGAAUGGAUUCAGAAAGGAACAAAACCCAUUUAUAUUGGGUUUGGGAGCAUGCUUCUUGAAUAUCCUAAGGAGACCACAGACAUAAUAAUGGAAGCAUUGAAAGCUACUGGGCAAAGAGGAAUAAUUGUCCGAGGGUGGGGAGAUCUAGGACAUUUUACUGAACUUCCAGAUACUGUAUUCCUUCUAGAGGAUUGCCCCCAUGAUUGGUUGUUUCCCCAGUGUGCUGCUGUGGUUCAUCACGGUGGUGCUGGAACCACAGCCGCAGGACUAAAAGCUGGGUGCCCGACUACCAUAGUGCCAUUCUUUGGAGACCAGUUUUUCUGGGGUGAUCAAAUACAUAAACGAGGGCUGGGACCUGCACCGACGCCAAUAGCUAAGCUCAGCGUUGAGAGCCUUUCAAAUGCAAUAAGGUUCAUGCUGCAGCCAGAGGUGAAAUCUCAGGCAAUGGAACUAGCAAAGUUGAUAGAGAAAGAAGAUGGUGUUGGUGCUGCAGUUGAUGCAUUUCAUCGGCAUUUGCCUCGUGAACUUCCUCUGCCUACUGCGGCUUCUUUAGAUGAAGACAAACAUCCAGACCAUCUACAAUGGUUCUUGAUUCAACUCCAAAAGUGGUUCUGCCUGCCUUGUGGAGUAUAGGAUUCUUUCCUAUUUUUCAUUUUUAUGUCACAGGUUUCAAGCAACAGACAACUAGAGAUUUGUGCUAAUGCUGUUGGCUUAUGCUGGUGGAUGCUUCCAUUGUGUUGUUGCAAACAAUAAAUAAAUAAAUAAAUAAAAACUAUAUACAGCAGCAAUCGUGGGUGGCUGUUUCUUUCUUUUUGCCAAAAAUAAAUAAAUAAAAUCGUGUGUUGUUCUGUUUGAGACAGAAAAAAUUGAUGUAAUAAACAAUUCAUUUUGUGUUGCUUUGAAUUU